AUGGCGCAGACACCGCAGGAUCUCAGAAUCGCCAUCAUCGGCGCAGGUAUGGGCGGAUUGACCUGUGCGCUGGCGCUGGCCAAAGAGGGAUUCAAGCACAUCGACGUGUUCGAGUACGCGGCCGACCUGGGUUUCGUUGGAGCAGGCAUCCAACUGGCCCCCAACAUGGCCCGCGUGCUGGACCGCUUGGGCGUGUGGAAGGAGAUCGAGGCCGAGGCUGUAGAGAUCAAGGACACAAGUGUGCGGGUUGGCGCUUCCGACUCUGAACUCGCGCACGUUCAACUCGGCUACAUCCGCGAAACAUACGGAUACCCUCACAUGGUCGGCCACCGGCACUCGCUGGCCAACGGCCUGUACAAGGGCUGUCUGCGCUGCCCCGACCAAAUCAAGUUCCACUUCUCCACGGCCGCCGAGGAUGUGACCUCGUUCGGCCCGCGUGCAACCUUUACAGCCGUCCCCCGCGACGGCAGCGCCCCCUACCCGGUCGAGGCGGACGUCCUACUCGCCGCCGACGGCAUCAAGUCCAAGACGCGCGUCGCGAUGCUGCAAACGCUCGGCAUCACCGCCACCGUCAAGGACACCAACCAGGCCGCCUACCGCAUCAUGAUUCACAAGGACCAAUGCCAGGACGACCCCGAGCUGCAAGCCCUCAUCAACAGCAACCGGGUGAUCCGCUGGAUCGGCGAGCGCCGCCACAUCAUCGCCUACCCGGUCUCCAACAACACCAUCUACAACCUCUCCACCACCCAGCCCGACACCAACUUCGCCGCCGCCACCAACGCCACCUACACCACCAAGGGCUCCAAGGCCACCAUGCUCCGUGUCUUCGCCGACUUCUGCCCCCUCGUCCAGCGCAUGCUCAACUACGUGCCCGAAGGCGAAGUCUGCGAGUGGAAGCUGCGCGUCCACGAACCCCUCCCCACCUGGGUCCACGAACAGACCGCCCUCGUCGGCGACGCCUGCCACCCCACCCUGCCGCAUCUCGCGCAGGGCGCCGCGCAGGCGAUCGAGGACGGCGCGACGAUCGCCAUCGCCCUGCGCCGCAUGCCGGACCCCUCGCCGGCGAGCAUCACCAAGGCGCUGAAGGUGUAUGAGAGUGUGCGCAAGGACCGGGCAUAUGCGCUGGUCGAGCUGGCGGCUGCAUCGGGGCGGGCGCUGCAUCUGGGCGAGGGCGCGGCCAAGGAAGAGCGCGACAGGCAGUUUGCCGCGCUGAGGCAGGGGACGGGGAAGGGCCCCGUGCCGGAUAAGUGGGCGGAUGCGGAUGUGCAGCGCGAGAUAUACGGGUUUGACUGUCAGAGGGUGACGGAGGAGCGGUGUGAUGAGUAUUUUGCGUAA